AUGUACUCUCUUGCCCUUUGCCUUCUGAUCCCACUCCUACACCCAGGUGACGCCAUCUUCUGCUUCAACUGCACCAGCACAGAAGGUUAUAAUUGCAGCACAACUCAGCAGAAAUGUUCACUCACGGUCAACAGCUGUAUCACCAUCGCUCGGGAUGAGGACACAGGGACCCAGGACAUAGAAAACCCAACUUAUGAGAAGAAGUGCAAUUCAGACGAUCGAUUGUGCAACCAGUUUUACGGGCUGAUGGCAGGGGAUUUUCGCAUGCGGUGGAAUUCCAGCUGCUGCCGUGCUGACCGCUGCAAUACUGAGGAAAUAAUUGUUCAAAAAGCAUCUCAGAAUCGGAAUGGAGUCCAUUGCAAUUCAUGCUUUGCCCGUGGCACAGAUUUGUGUCUUAACAAGACUGAGGUGGCCUGCACAGGUCUCAUGACACACUGCAUCCACUUUGCCACUAGUACAAAGAAAGAGCAAUUCAAGGACCAACAGGUUGCCUUCACAGGAUGUGCUACCAAGAACCUGUGCGACAUGGGAGCGGUGGCGCUGUUUGCUGCUGGCCGCAAUGUUGAAGUCACAACCAACAUGUGCAGUUCUGCACCAGGAAUUGCCUCUCAACACAACUUGGUCCAAUACUUUCUAGCAGGGCUGCUCAUUCUUAAUUUUUGUUUUUGA